UGAAGAACCACUAAUUUAUUGUGCUUUUUCCAAGUUUCUGCUCACAAGAAUUUGUGUUUAAUACUUUGCUCUUGCUCUCAUCCGGUCUUCCAUACUUCAUUAAUACACAGACUUCUUACGAUUGUGAGGUUAUUGUCAAUUCACAAGUCAAAAGGCGGCUGCGAUAAGGAAUUCCAUUCAAUACCUACACAAACAUCACCAAGCAAUAACCAAUUCUCCCCAAACCAACCAAUUGAUCUCUGUCAAAAUGCCUUCUCUCGAAAAAGCUCUUCCGCAACCCAAGAUCGAGCUAUACAGUGGAAAAUACUUUGCAGCUUGUGGACUUGGUGGGAUAAUUGCCUGUGGCCCAACUCAUACCGCCGUCACUCCACUCGAUCUUGUAAAAUGCCGUCGUCAAGUCGACUCCAAACUCUAUACUUCCAACCUUAAUGCCUGGUCUAAAAUCUACCGUGCCGAAGGUCUUCGCGGAGUCUUCUUCGGAUGGUCUCCCACAUUUGUCGGAUACUGUUUCCAGGGUGGUGGAAAAUACGGUUUCUAUGAAGUAUUCAAAUAUUUAUAUGGCGAGAAAUUAUUCCCAAAUGCGAAUCAAACGGCGAUUUUCUUGGGUGCCAGUGCUAGUGCGGAGUUUUUGGCCGACAUGGCACUUUGCCCUUUUGAGGCUAUCAAAGUCAGGAUGCAAACUACGUUGCCGCCUUUUGCAAACAGUUUGAGAGAGGGAAUGUCAAAGGUUAUUAAAGAGGAGGGAUACGGAGGACUCUACAAGGGACUCUAUCCUCUCUGGGGUCGACAAAUCCCCUACACAAUGGUGAAAUUCGCAACCUUCGAAACCACCGUCAACAAAAUCUACGCUUACUUGGGGAAGCCGAAAUCCUCUUAUUCCGGUCUCCAGCAAACCGGAGUUUCUUUCCUCGGUGGUUAUAUUGCUGGUAUUGGUUGCGCUGUUAUCUCUCAUCCAGCAGAUGUUAUGGUCUCGAAACUUAACAGUGAUAGAAAAGCUGGAGAAGGAGCUGGAAAGGCUAUGACGAGGAUUUACGGAAACAUUGGAUUUCGAGGUCUUUGGAAUGGUCUGCCUGUUAGAAUUGUAAUGAUUGGAACAUUAACAGCAUUCCAAUGGUUGAUUUAUGAUAGUUUUAAGGUUGCUUUGGGCUUACCUACUACAGGAGGUCAUUAG